CUUAAACCUAAAGCUUUAAUUUUACCCUUAUUCUUAACAAGUGCGAAGAUCCUCAACACAGGAUGAAAAAUUGAAGGGAAUAAAAAUAGCCUGGGACUAAUCAAGGAAAGUUCGUCAGGUCUUGUUGGUGUAGCUGGUGUAGCAGGAUAAGUCCCGCCUGAACGAUUCUGAAACCACCAGUCACAGGAUAUUCAGCAAUAACUGGCUUCCUCUCACGUGGAGUAACACAGAAGCAGAUAAAAGAGAAACGGGGUUGAUUGUAGUGUGCUAUCCUUGCUUCAUAUCGCUGGUGUUGCAGUGUCUCUCUCAGCAGACAAUGGGCAGUGUCGACCGCUCAGAGGAUGCCGACCUGCGCUCCCAGCUCAGGAUGCUCCGAACUGAAAUCGCCAUGGCAAUCGACGACCCCUUCCCACUGCUCUAUGGACUGGCUGACCACGAUAUCAUCACUGAGCAGCUGUUCAAGGACACUCUGGAUAAGAAGAAACACGAGGGGAUUCACAAAGCUGUGUAUUCGUUGCUUUCCCGGCUGCUGGAGAAAGAGACCCUUACCAUCCAGAACUUCUGGAGCAAUUUAUUUAAAGAUUACAACCUGGAGCGAUACCCCAAACUGCAGUCCGUCUUCACCAGCUUCCCCAAAGACGGAGCUUUAAGCAGCCUGAGGAAAGGCAGAAAAUCUCAGAGCGGCAUAAAGCUACCACCAGUGUCUCGCGGACAUCACAGCAAGAGGAAGAGCCCAGAGGACGAGGGGUUGGUGCAGUCCACCCACCAAUCGAAGACCACCAAUACAGCAGGAGCACAGAACAAGGCAAAGUCAUUAAGGAAGAGUGAUGGUACUGAGGCUUCCAGGCUGCCAAUGGGAAAUGGGAUUCAGGCUAUGGCGACUUCUGUUCAGAGAGCGGUCACACUGUCUUCAAGCGAACUGCCAGUCAGCUGUGGUGCUGUGGAGGAGAUCCUCAUCAAGCAAGUCUUUGAGUCCGGUAGCUCUAAGAAAUGCAUUAAAGUGGGCAGUGAGUUUUACUCCCCUGGGAAGCUAGAUGAGCUUGCAGGAAGAAACAAGACAAAGGCUGCAAAGAGUCAUAUACGCCACAAGGUGCCGCCACCUGCCAGAGUCACAGAGGUGCCACGCAAUGAUGACGAGUGUGCUGUGUGUAAGGACGGAGGAGAGCUGAUCUGUUGUGAUGGCUGCCCCAGAGCCUUCCACCUCAGCUGUCUGCAGCCUCCCCUCACCACAAUUCCCAGAACAUGGCGUUGCCAGGCCUGCAUUGGUAAUAAACUUGAAAGAGAUAUGAUGUACUCAGCGGCCCAGCCCACUCUUAAAACUGCUGAACUGAUGGAAACCGCCAGCUCCACUGUGGACAUCUCGUUCUUUUCCACUCUCACCUCCACUUCACUCUCCAGCACCACGGCAACCAAGAGCAGUCAGGCAUCUGGCACUCAGCAGCGCAUGGGCCCUGAGUCCAUGAGGACUGUGGAGAGUUGUGGGGUGUGUCAACAAGGAGGCGAUCUCCACUGCUGUUCUCAGUGCCUCCAGAGUUUCCAUACUCAUUGUUACUUCCCCUCUCUGAGCCGCAGUGGGAAGAUGAGAUGUAAAUCCUGCAUUAAGAUCUGGGGAGGAUCAUCCAAUAAUGAGAAACAGCAAACGGUCACAGGAGAGGUGCAGGUUUCUUUAAAUGAGAACACAGAGCAGAGGCCUCCCCUGCCUGAGCAAAUGUUAAGUAAGGAAGAACUUGACUCCAUUAUGGGCGAGAGUUCCAUAGAUGGGAUCUUACAGUGGGCUCUUCAUAACAUCUCUCGUCCACUCUCAGAGAGCCAAGGCUACUUCCAGUGACAAGACGGGGCUAGAGCACUUUGUAUCACUGCUAAAUUUGGAGAAACUAGAACUGUUUUGACGUCUACUUGUAGAAUAACCACAGGAAGAGUUUUGCUGAGGGGUAAAAGGUAUGAAAGAGGGAAAUUGUACAUAAGAAGUGAUUUGUUGAAUAGAGUGGAAAGACGAUGUCUGCUUUUGUCAAACCAAUGCACUUAAAUUCAUAUUGCAUUUGAAUGUUGUUAAUAAAACAUUGCUGAUGGCAAAUUGUAAUCUAAAGCACUGUUAAAAAUAAAGGAAAUAAAU